GCCAGGAGCAACAGCAGCAGGGUGCAGAAGUAGCACUUGUCUCAAAGCAAGAAGGAACUUGCAAAAAACGGAAGGACAGAGAUUGAUAUGCCUCUAAGGUAAAAGCCAGUGAAAAGAAAUCGAAGAUCACAUUCUCCAUCUAUCAAGCACUAUGUCUCGCCCUGCACACAGAAGACCAGAAUACCAUAAAAUCAACAAAGAUCUCUUUGUCCUCACCUAUGGAGCACUGGUUGCCCAACUGUGCAAAGAUUAUGAAAAAGACGAAGAUGUGAAUAAAUAUCUAGAUAAAAUACCACACACUUUCCUUCAUCACAGGGGAUAUGGCAUUGGAACACGGCUGGUGGAAGACUUUUUGGCUCGAUCUUGUGUAAGAAGAUGCCAUAGUUAUUCAGAAAUUAUAGACAUAAUUGCCCAGGUUGCCUUUAAGAUGUACUUGGGGAUUACACCCAGUGUGACCUGUAACAAUUCAAGCAGAACUGAAUUUUCCCUGAUCCUAGACAAGAAUCCGCUGGUGGAGUUUGUGGAAGAGCUCCCUGCCGGGCGAUCCUCUCUGUGCUACUGCAAUUUACUCUCUGGGAUUAUCAGAGGUGCCCUGGAAAUGGUUCAUUUGGCUGCUGAUGUUACAUUCUUGCAAGACACACUGAAAGGCGACCGUGUGACAGAAAUAGGAAUAACAUUUCUGAAAAAGCUAGAUGAGAAAAAAUACAGACGGAAAAAAUGAAGAAUUGCAUGCAAAAUGCCACAGGGUGGCCAGUUGAGGAGUAAUAUUAUCUAAAUAUAUAGAGCCAUAGAAAUUUUGAAUUGCUUAAUAAUAGCAUGGGCUUUAAAUGGCUUAUAUAUCAGUCAGAAAUUUGAAGUGCAGAGCACUAGGAUUUAAAGCUGUUUUUUUUCCUUUGCUUAUAGAUUACACGUUUUCAAUCUUAUUUCCAUAAGAUUUCAUAUACAAAUAAGAUAGCAUACAUGAAUUCCACAUAUCAUAUGUGCAUCCUAACAGAGCCCACUUAUUUCAUUUAUUUAUGAUAAUGAAAAACAAAGCAUACCAACUGCACAGUUGGUAUAUUUAUCCAUUCUUAUUGGAAAAAUAGAUGAAAUGAUAUAAUAUAGAGUUCACUAUAUGUAGACAAUUUCUAGAUACCAUAUAUUACAUUCUCUAUAGAAAUAGUGCCAUUUAUAACACUUUUCCAUAUUUUUGAGUAACUAUGGAUAUGAUUUCUCUUAUAUAUUGGCUCGGGUUAUCACUUCAGCCUCCUAAAGCUGCUCUCCCUUGAUUUAUAACUACCAAGGCAAGCUGGUUAUUUGUAUGCUAAUUCUGAAAUAUUUUAAAAUAGUAUUUAAUUUUAAUUCAUGUAAAUUUUAGAUAAUAUUGACCAAAUGUCUUCCUUUUCUUAUGAAACAUUGCUGAUGGGCAGGCCAGGAAACCUCUAAAAUGAGAGGUAAAUAAUAUUUUUUGAAAAUACUUUCUUACCCCAAAGCUUAUUCAGUUAGAACUUCUGCUAUCAUUUUUUAUUCCCUAAAAAACCUUACAAAGCAUAGUUUGUGACCAGAACAUAUUUAAAAUUUAAAAUGUACUGGAUUAAAUAAACAAUAAUCGUUACCAGACCAUCAGCAUACGCAGGUAGCCUCUAUGGCAGUCCAGGAUCUACUGGACUCUGCAGAAAACUGAAAUUCCAAGUACAUUAGAAUUAGUGUGGGUCCAUCAGUUAAAACUAGCAUAAAGGAUAUGAUCGUGGUAGACCUCAACAAGGACUCAGGAGCCUGAAGACACAGUCCCAGGUCUGUUUCUAGUGGAUUCAGCUGAUCCUAACUAAUGGCUCAUCUCGGGCCAGGCACAUAAAAGAUUACGUGCUCUCUCUCAUCUAUACAAUGACACCAUUGAACGUGAUAAAUAUCUAAUUAUAUAAAUGGCUUUAAAUGACAUCAGGAACCACUGAAAUUCCACAUUUUUGGAUUUUGAAGACAUGAGGAAAUUAUUUGUUCCCUACCUACUCAGCUAUCUCUUCAAAAGGACAUCGAGGUUGGUAUUAAGAACCAAAUAGCAUCACUGGGGCAGUUGCAGCAACCAUGGAGGGAACUUCAAGCCAGUUCCACAGAAGACCAAGAGUAGAGUCUCAAAGAAGAACUACCUGACAUCAGAAGGGCUAUCACAAUGCCAUGUAUUUUAAACUGAUGCCUCCAGAAGAAUGUUUGCCUGACAUUCAUCCCAAAACUUCUUUUUGGGAUAUUUCCAUCUUCUGUUCCUCUUUCUCCUUUAUAGUACACUCACCCCUCCAGGAACCCAAAAUACUCAUGUCUAAGGGCCUUCCUCUUAAAUCAGUACCCAACUAACCUCUUGUAAAUGUUCCAUACUCUGGAAUAUUCUCUAACCUGACUAUAUCGUGCUCUCUUUUCUUUCCUGACCCAGCCAUCCAAACUGCCUUGGCGCUCUGUCUUCAUUGCCCACCCACCUGAGGACAGGUGAAUCUGAUGCUCUCAAUGAUGUGGAGUGUGAGAACUGGUGAGGGUUUUGGGAUAAGGCUUGUUCUCCAUCCUCUCUCCUCCCCUCAUCUUAGAGUGGGAGACACGAGGCUUUGGGAUUGAAUUUGUGGUAUGAACAGUGACCUAUUUAACUGAGAGAAUAGUCCUCCCUUAUCCACAGAGGAUAUGUUCCAAGACCCCCAGUGGAUGCCUGAAGCCACAGAUAGUACUAAACCCUAUAUAUACUAUGUUUUUCCUAUAUAUACAUAGCUGCAAUAAAGUUUAAUUUAUAAAUUAGGCACAGUAAGAGAUUUAUAAUAAUAAUAAUAACAAAAUAAAACAAUGACAACAACAUACUAUAAUAAAAGUUAUAUAAA